AUGCCUGUACAGACUAUAUUCGUCGCUUACGCUCCAACAUCAAGCUACGAAGAAGUCGAAGCUUUCUAUAUGGACCUGGAGAAGUUCUACCAAGAAGAUCAUGCCUUCUACAUAAUAAUUGGCGAUUUCAACGCCAAGGUUGACCCAAGAUGGUGUGGUCUCUUCAUUAUGGUACCCACUACCGGCACAAUUGACCACAUUCUCACUGUUUCGAAACUCAUCGAGGUAUCACGAGAGUACAAGAUGUCGCUCUGUCUCACCUUCAUCGACUUGAAGAAGGCCUUCAAUUCAAUUGAGACGGAAGCAGUCAUGGAAACCUUGGACAACCAAGGCGUCCCUAGUCAGUACAUAAAGGUACUUCGAGGCUUGUACAGCAACUUCACGACCGCAAUUUCGCCAUUCUACAAGAAUAUCAUCAUUGACAUUAUCAUAUAG